GCUGUGCCAGUCUUCGUGAACGAUUCAACUACGGUGCGCUUGCACGCUAUCGUUCACAUACGCGCAUAAUAAAGUAUCGAUUUAUUCCAAAUUCAUACACGUUUAUUAUAAGAAGAAGUAAAAGUGCACACGAUCUUUAAAAACAAAAUCGAACGUGAUCGAUAAGGUGUAUUUUAAAAUUUAACAGUUUUGUGAUAAAAAUUCAAUUUCAAAUUUACGGUGGGUAAAACUGACAAAUCACUUCCAUGUAUCAAGGACAAGUACUCACGUUUUUUCGCGAGGAAAGCUGGGUGACUAAAAAAUUUCCUACUUAGUGUACGAGUAAAGAUUUGAUCCUCUUUUGUUAUUUGGAAUUCAUAGCAACCGUGAAGAUGCGACUAAUCAGGUCAUUUUUCAAAAGAAUAACAGAUGACUUGAAGCAGAAAAAAUUGAUUCCAUUAAAAAUACUGUUCUUCGUUCAUGCUUCAACUUUGUACGUGUUGUAUCCUUACUUGACGAUACAUAUGCGAGAGCUUGGCAUCAAUGUUGAGGAAACGGCGAUAAUGUCUGCCGUAACUCCAGUGGUGUCCAUAAUAAUGCCACCCUUGGCUGGUAUGCUUGCAGACAAAAUUGGAAAUUUUAGACUAUUGUUGGCGUUGUCGUCAGUAUUGGGCGGUAUUUCGGCCUUGUUGUUGUUGGCCGUACCCGUCGGAAGAAUAACAAUUACAUAUCCCACAGAUGUAGAGCUUUUAACAACCUGUGAUGAUUCUGCUCUGAGGGUCCGACAUAUCCAAGAAUAUCCAUGCCUACCCUUGCAUCCAUAUUCAUAUGACAUCAACCUUAGAAUUUCAUCAUGUGGCUUCAUUUGUGACGUCCCAGAUAUAGUUACUCCGAAUGAAAUUGACAACAUAUUGCGGAACGACGCAUACGAUAUACACUUGCAUUCAAGUUUGGAUGCCCAACAACUGGUGUACCGGCACACAUUAACUUCAUCGGUGACUCGAUCGAUGACUCCUAUGAAAGACCAAAGCACGUCACGAAUCCUGAACAAUGAUCCUUACUUUAAUGUCACUGUGUCUAAAAUCUCCGACAGAGAGAUAUUCUUUCCAGCACCAAGACUUUACAAAAUGCAUUGCUCUCGAGAUUUGAAUAAUGGAUCGUGUGUUUUUGGAAGAAAUGAUAUUUUUAAACAAAACGACGAAGGUGGUGAGGAAAUGGAAACAUUCCGAAUGAGAAUUUCGCAUGAUGCACAGAAAACGCCUAAAACUGUUAGAAAUUAUUGGGUUAGAGCUUUAUCUAGUGGAAACGAUUCAAUCGACAACGAUUACGAUGGAGUCGACAGUGUUAUAUGUAAAAACAGUUAUGACGAGGUACUUGACGAAAGUGGAGUUCGAGUGCAAGUCGGAUCACGGCAGCUCCUUGGAUGUUUAGCUGCUUGUACGGCGAUCACAUCACGUAAUUCUCUUUGUUCAAAUACACAACAACCAAUUGAGAUUGAUCCUGCUUUCACAUUUUGGACCUACCUUGCGGUGAGAGUGUUUAUAGGUAUAAUAGGCGGUACAGCAUUUGCUAUGUUUGAGGGCGCAGUGAUUGCCAUAGUGAGGGAUCAAAAAGCGGACUAUGGCUUACAGAGAGUCUAUGGCAGUAUAGGAGGAAUGAUUUCAUCACCUCUUUCUGGACUAUUAAUAGACUAUGCUAGCAGAGGGAAAGGAUACACAGACUUUAGGCCAGCGUUUUAUCUUUACGCAAUACUAAAAGUCGCUUCCGGUGUGCUGAUGCUGAGCAUUGAUCUCGAGUUUAAACAGCCUGCGCAGAACCUUCUCGAAGAUGUCAUCACAGUAUUCAAGAACGUAGAAAUCGUUGCGCUGUUCAUUGCGUGCUUUAUAAUGGGCACUGCAUGGGGUUACAUAGAGAGCUUCUUGUUUUGGCUGCUCCAAGACCUCGGAGCCUCCAGGUCGUUAAUGGGGAUCACCAUAACUGUGGGUGGUGUCGCAGGUCUGCCUCUCCUGGUGUUAUCAGGGCCCAUCAUUAGGAAGUUGGGUCAUGCUAAUGUAUUGUUCAUAGGAUUUAUAUUCUACGCCAUACGAUUGCUUGGCUACUCGCUGAUAUACAACCCGUGGUUGUGUUUGGUGUUCGAGGCACUGGAGUCGGUCACGUCAUCGCUGUCAUUCACCGCGGCGGUGACGUAUGCCGCGCGACUCUCCUCCACCACCACCGACACAUCCGUACAGGGACUACUUGGUGGCCUGUACUAUGGUGUUGGUAAAGGAGCUGGCAGCUUAAUAGGCGGAUAUCUCAUGAAGUUCUUCGGCACGAGGCCAACAUAUCAAAUUUUUGCCGGUGCCACUUUAGUCACCGGUUGUAUGUACUAUCUAUUCAAUAAAUUCUAUAUUGGAAAGCGACCUGCCAGCGUGAACAACGACAUCUGCAAACCACAGCCAACAGAUGUCGAGGGGGUAAAAGGUUCCGACAAAACUUCAACUCCACUAGAUGUCGCUACUGACAAAUUUGAGAAUGACAAAGUACUAGACUUAAAUCACAGAAAGUUAGUAGCGGAAUGUACAGAUGGCGGUAGUGACUCCGGCGUCGAAAAUCCCGCUUACAACGAAACCGAGUGCGCGAACGGAUCAAAGAAAGACGAAACGAAAUGAUGAGCACCUGACAAAGUACGUAUGUGAUAUAAAUCUCCAAUAGUACAGAAAUUAAAUUUAGUGUUAAAUGUAUAUUAUUUAUUAAAUAGUUAUUUUGAUUGUAAAUUUUAGAUUGCUUAGAAUAAAAGUAUAUGACUGUU